UGCAGGAUCCAUCACAGAUAAGGAGGAGGAGGAGGAAAAAAACAAGUUCAGUCUAUGAAGUGAGGAGGACCACACGGAACGCGGAUUUUUACGCAUCAACUCUUUCCACUCGGACACAAUGAGAACCUUAAUAAGACACAUAGCUCUUCUCUUCUUUUCAGCUUCUGUCAUCAGCGGUUCUAACAUCUGCACAUCAAGAGGAAGUACAACCUGUAAGCAGUGCCUGGCUGUUCAUCCAAGCUGUGCGUGGUGCUUUCAAGAGGACUUUGGGAAGGGAUCCGGUGUCUCUCGCUGCGACCUAAAGCAGAAUCUGCUAAAUGAAGGGUGCAAGGCAGCAGCUGUGGAGUUUCCGGCCAGCACACUAACUAUUCAAAAGGACACACCGCUCAGUGACAGGGCUUCAGGGGCAGCUGAGGACGUGACUCAGAUCAGGCCUCAGAAAAUCCACAUGACACUGAGACCAGGCGACUCCAAGUUUUUCACUGUUAGCAUAAAGCAGGUGGAGGAUUACCCCGUUGACCUCUACUAUUUGAUGGAUCUCUCAUAUUCCAUGAAGGACGACUUGUCUAACCUGCAAAAUUUGGGCAGCAAGCUUGCAGAGACCAUGGCCCGGACCACAAGCAAACUGCGAAUGGGAUUUGGAGCCUUUGUGGACAAGACCAUUUCCCCGUACAUGUACACGUACCCCCAAGAAGCUGUACAAAACCCUUGUUGGGGAAUUUCCCAGCAAUGCAAAGCUCAGUUUGGCUUCAAGCACGUGCUCUCGCUGACAGAGCAGGUGGCUCGCUUUACAGAGGAAGUGAAGAAACAGCAAGUGUCUAGAAACAGAGAUUCUCCAGAGGGUGGAUUUGAUGCUAUUGUUCAGGCUGUGGUUUGUAAGGAUAAGAUCGGUUGGCGCCCAGAUGCCUCACAUCUUCUAGUUUUUACCACUGAUGCCACUACUCACUCAGCUUUGGAUGGGCGCAUAGCUGGCAUUGUUCAGCCCAAUGAUGGACAAUGUUACCUGGAUACGAAUGACCUUUACAACAAAUCUGCUGUGCUGGACUACCCUUCCUUAGGACUCAUGAUAGAUAAAAUAUCUGCAAACAACAUCAAUUUAGUCUUUGCUGUAACCAGUGUUGUGGUACCACUGUAUAAGGAAUACAGUCAACUCAUUCCAGGCACAACUGUGGGAACACUAUCUCAGGACUCUGGGAACGUCAUUCAGCUGAUUGAGGAGGCCUAUGCUAAAAUUCGGUCUAAAGUGGAGCUGGAGGUGUUGGGAGUACCAGAUGAGCUGAGCCUCUCCUUCAAUGCCUCUUGCUUAAAAGGAGAGGUCAUUCCUGGAGUAAAAUCUUGUUCAGGACUAAAGAUUGGAGACACUGUGUCCUUCAGCAUGGAAGCUCGGUUGCUUGAAUGCCCAAAGGAGAAAAGCCGCACUUUUACCAUAAAACCUCGGGGGUUUAAAGACGCUCUGGAGGUUACGGUGGACUUUGCUUGCAGCUGUGACUGUGAGGCAAAGGCAGAAGUCAACAGCCCGCUCUGCAGCAAAGGCAAUGGCACCUACGAGUGUGGUAUUUGCCAGUGUCACCAAGGCCGCCUGGGCACAAGAUGCGAGUGUUCGGUGGAGGACUACAGGCCGUCUGAUGAUGGAAACUGUGUCUCAAAGGCUGGCGGCCGUGUCUGCAGCGGGAAAGGAGAAUGCUUGUGCGGGCAGUGCUCCUGUCAUGCAAAUGACUUUGGCCAGGUGUGGGGAAAAUACUGUGAAUGCGACGAUUUCACCUGUCCGCACUUUAAAGGGGCCCUGUGCUCUGGUAAUGGAAAGUGUGACUGUGGGCUUUGUCAGUGUGAUGCCGGCUGGAAAGGAGAUAACUGCAACUGCACCACUCGCACAGACACCUGCAUGUCCAGCGCUGGGCUGCUUUGCAGCAGACUGGGAUACUGCGAGUGUGGGGUUUGUCAGUGCACCCAGCCAGGGGCGUACGGAGCUACCUGUGAAAAAUGCCCCACCUGUCCUGACUCCUGCACAAUCAAAAAGGCAUGUGUUGAGUGUCAGCAUUUUAAAAGAGGACAGUACACAGAAGAUGACAGCUGCAACCGAAUCUGCAAAAAUGAGAUUCGGGUUGUGGAGGAACUUGUUAAGCGUGAUGAGAAUGCAGUGAACUGCUCCUACAAAGAUGAGAAUGACUGCGUCGUGCACUUCCAGUAUUUUGAAGAUUUUAGCGGAAAGUCUAUCCUGUCUGUGGUGAAGGAACCAGAGUGCCCUCAGGGUCCUGACAUUUUAGUGGUGCUCUCGGCGGUGGCUGGAGCCAUUCUCCUGCUGGGCCUCGUUGGUUUGCUCAUCUGGAAACUGCUCAUCACCAUCCACGAUCGCAGAGAGUUUGCCAAAUUUGAGGAGGAGAGAGCCAAAGCAAAAUGGGAUACGGGUAAUAAUCCUUUAUAUAAAGGAGCAACAUCUACCUUCACCAAUGUUGCAUAUCAAGGCAACUAAUGACUGAAUGCAACAAGAAAAAACUCAGGGUCCAUCAAAACAGAAAGAUAAAAGCUGCAGCACCGAAUGGAUGGAAGGAAGUCACUGUCCACUGGCAGGAAACACCCAAUGCAACUGAGAACGACUUAUCUGCUGCAGACAUGUUGCCAAAGCAAGUAAAGUUGUGAAACAAGUGUCAGAAAGUUUGGGUGACCUAAAGCUUUCUGGUUCUUUCCUAAACAUUGUUUGCAAUCUGUACAUUGUUGAAUUGUCACUUUACAUUUGGGAGCAGUACUUAAUUUAAUGAGGUUUUCUACAACUGCUGUGAUUGUUAAAAUAGGUUUGCAAAACUUUUUUUUUUGUCUUGUCGGUUUGGCUUUUCUGUACUCGUUACAUUAUUGGGGCAAUAUGUGACUAUGAAAAAAAAGAUGUAAAAAACUUUUCUCUGCAAUUCACAAUAAAUGUUUGAGAUUUAUAGAAUUAUAGAGUAGGUAUUAUAAUAAACAUUUUUUCUUUAAGAGUUUUUUACUUUUUUUACAUGGUAUAAUUGACAGGAUUGUAAAUUAACAUUUUUGUUCUUUUUCUUUUCUAUUUAAAGUUACAAAAUUAUAUCAUAGAGCCCAGCCAAUUCACUUUUUAUUCUCCCUAGACUACUGCUAACAUGUUAGUGUGAGAUUGCGUUAGAUUGUCAGGGGGUUGUGCGGUUGUACAGUUAUUUUAAAGGAGCUGUGCAACUGAUCGUUUACAAGUGCACGAAAUUUUUUUUUUGGGGGGGGGGUUUAAAAUCAUUUCCAAAACUCACGUUGCUGGAUUUUGGCUCAUUUUUUCAAAUGCAACAUGUUUUACUUAAGAUUCACACAACAGUUUGCGACAGAAUAGAUAAUAUUUAUUUUUUUAGGGUUUUCUUCUGACAAAUGAAAUGUAAAACUGUUUCUUGGGCUUUGAUUCAAAAGCUGUCAAAAGCAUGUCAACUUUCUAAAGGAGAAUGGGGGGAUUUGUUACAUAAAGAAAAGAUUUUAUCAAACUAAAGUCUUUGAUUUUGACUUGGUUUCUAAUUUAAUUCACAAUGGUUACUUGCUUCUGUGUUUCUCAGUUUAUCAAUAUGUGCUUGGCAUCCCUCUUUCAACCAGUUUAAAUGCAUAAAGUGACGGCAUUUCCUCAUAUAAAUAAAGCCUCUUUGCAUGCAAGUCUUUUCUGUCAGUUCCUGUUGUGGGUUUAACAUUGAACAGUGUGCAUUUACUUUGAAAGAACGUUAUAAAGCACAUACAUACCACAUGUUUCCAAUUUUACAGGUACAGGUUGUACAAUCAUGUCUUUAUACAUGUGGUUAUUUCUUGGCAUGGUGUUUUCUUCUUCUUCUUUCUUGCACAAAUAAACAUUACAGAAGUAUAAAAA